GUGGUUAUUACCCCAAUUUCUUUAUAAGUAGGUCUUAAUUUUAUUGCGAACUCUUAUCAGAUUUUGCGAAUUCUCCGAUAAUUUCAAUCGAGUGUAAAUUUUAGAAUAAAUGCUGAAGACUUUCCAAAAGAGUCGUCAGUUCUGUUUAAACAUUCAAAAUGAGUCCGAAACUAGUUUUCCUUUUCUUCUGCCUUCAAUUGUGUCAUCUGUCCAUGUCGAUGGAAAUACCACAAACUUUUACUCAAUUGAGCGAUUCUUCAAAAUGUGUUGCCUCAUGUGGCAAGUUCAAUCUCCAAAUUGGCAAGAAACUUUAUUACGUUGAGUCCAAGGAGAAGGUCAAUUGGUAUAAAGCAGUCAACAACUGCCGUAAGAUGGGAGGAUACAUGUUGAACAUUGAGAGCAGUACGGAAAUGGAUUUGUUUGCUGCUUUAUAUCCAUCGGACAGCCUUUGGACAUCCUCAAACAGUCUGUCAAAAACUUUCCUAUCUAUCACGACUGGAGAGCCGAUGCCCUACAAUAGAUGGAAUGAAUGUCAUUCGGACAUUGACACGGACAAAUGUGUGGUAAUGUCCAAGGGAUUCUUAAAUACGGAAAACUGCGAGACCCUGAUGUAUUAUGUGUGCCAAGCACACAUACUCUAUUGAUGUACUACAA